GGCGCGCCUCACUUCCGGCUCCUCCGGCUCGGCUGCCCGGCCCUCAUGCUCCCGGCGCGGCGCUUGCGGGGAGCGGUGGUGAGUCCAGGGGCGGAUACCGGACCUGCCGCCCGCGCCCACCCCGGCGGAGCCCUGGGCCCCGAGCCGCCCUCCGCCCGACCCCGCGCUCGGACAAGUCACAGAUGAGGAAGGCACCGCACUAGGCGCCCCAGUCAUGGCGGCUCCGUGGAAGAGCGCGCUGCUGCUGCUUCUGGCAUCUCAGGCUGUCUCCUCGGUGAACGUCUCUGACGAGGAGGAAGUUCCAGAAGAAUGGGUCCUUCUGCACGUUGUUCAGGGUCAGAUAGGAGCUGGGAAUUACAGCUAUUUGAGGUUAAAUCAUGAGGGAAAGAUAGUUCUUAAGAUGCAGAGCUUGAAAGGUGAUGCGGACCUGUAUGUAUCCGAUAGCACUCUCCACCCGAGCUUUGAUGAGUACGACUUACAGUCUGUCACUUGCGGCCAGGACGUGGUUUUCAUACCAGCGCACUUCCAGCGCCCCGUGGGAAUAGGCAUCUAUGGACACCCGUCUCACCACGAGAGUGAAUUUGAAAUGAAAGUGUAUUAUGAUACGACGGUCGAACAGCACCCGUUUGGUGAGACUGCUUAUUCAGACGGUACAGACACGAGUCGCAAGCAGGCUUCUGCUCCAGAAGAUGCAUCUCAAGAAGAGCAAUCUGUCCUUUGGACGAUAUUAAUUAGUAUUUUGAAAUUGGUACUUGAAAUUCUUUUUUGAUUCUUUGAACAUCCUGGGGAGUAUAAUACCCUUAAUCUGUGAAGCUGAGUGCAGUUCGCUGUGGACCUAGCUACUUGUACCUGGUUGGAAUUCUGGUUACCUUUCGAGAUGGGGGAUGGAAAAAUAAAGCCAUACAGUUUUGUUACCUCAGUCACCCCAGAAGUAUGAAAAGCAUCAAGCACGAUAUUUAUUUUCUUUCUAAACAUCAAAAUUCCUGUAAAAGGAAUGUGCAUAAUAAAAUGUUUAAACCCC